AUGAAUUCGUACUAUCAAAGUUUAAAUGUCGAUGGGCGGUUUUAUUUACGAGAAAAACUUGGUUAUGGUUCAUUUGGAGAAAUACAUAUUGCAGAAGACAAAAUAACUAAAAAAAGGGUGGCAGUAAAAGUAGAAGUAUGCUUGAGUCCCACACAUCGUCUAAUUACCGAAAAAGAAGUAUAUGAAUGCUUAAACAGUUCGAAUGAUGAAUCUAUGGUACCAAAGGCAAUAUGGUUUGGUACAUUAAGAAGUUAUAAAGCACUGGUCAUGGAAUUGAUGGGUCCGUCAUUGGAGACAUUAUUUAGAUUAUGUGAUCGCACGCUAUCAUUUAACACAAUUGCAUAUCUCGGCAUUCAAAUGCUUUCUUGCCUUGAAUUCCUUCAUUGCCAUUCUUAUUUGCAUCGUGAUGUUAAACCAUCGAAUUUUGUCAUGGGUGUUGGAAUAAAUUGUAAUAAUGUUUAUUUAAUCGAUUUCGAUGUAGCUAAAAAAUAUCGAGAUGAACGUGGAAAUCAUAUAGCUUAUGAGGAACAGAAGGAUUUUGUUGGGAAUGCUAAAUUUGCUUCCUUACGAACUUUUCUUCAACAAGGUUUAUCUCGUGCCGAUGACUUGGAAUCACUGGCUUAUAUACUUUUUUACUUUUUAAUGAAGGAUCUUCCGUGGCAAGAAGGCGACAGAAAUAAUAGGCAAAAAAUGAUUGAUUUAAGGCUCAGACUUACCGAUAUAUAUCCGUCAGUGCCAUCUGAAUUCAAGCGCUUUUUAUCCGUUUGUCGGACCAUGCAUUUUGAUGAAGAACCCAACUACGUCAAGUUGGAGUGUCUAAUAUGGAACAGAGAGACUGUUUUACACAAACCUGUGUUUGAAUGGUCCAAUCUUUCUUCUGAGAAGAUGAAAUUAAUUGAAUCAGGAAAAUUCGAAGCAGAUUUUUCAGAUUAUUAG